AUGGAAGGAGUGCCGUUCGAAGUGUUGUGGUGCCAGUGCCAGGGAAACUCGAGUGCCACACCCCAUCAACUCCUAAUCCACGAGCAAGUGACAAAGAUGCACACUGAGGCCCAGCAGCACGCCCUGUGGUACGUCGGUGUGGUGCUGACGCUCUACCUGCUAGGGCUUGUUGUUAUCAUUAGAAGGUCGGGACGCACAGAGAGACACACGGCGGUGUCUGCCCUCUCUUUCUGUUUCUCUCGUGCUGCUUCCUCAGUCGCUAGACGUAGCAUCAGGGCUAAAAGAGAUCACAGAGCUAAUCCUCCUGCAGAUACUCGCCAUCACAACCAUCGGCAGAAGCAGAAACAGCAGCAGCAGCAACAGCAACAGCAGCCCACACCAGGUCCCUCCCAGCAGCUGCACCUCGUGCAAUCAAAGGAAGAACGAGAGACGAAGGAGUCGAGUUUAACAACAGUGGCCUAGCAUUCACUCAACCAAGGAGUCGCCAGAAGGAUCUUGAUUCCGCCUUUACCCACACACCUUGAAAUUCCCGAAAGAGAGUAAUUAUGGUAGUGUGGCCCGUUAGUUCGCAGUUUCCCAAGGCUGUAUUUUUCAGUGUGCAGAUUUUCCUGACAGAAUCUGUGAUCUUCGCUCCUCCGAAGAAUAUUCCAACGUUCACUUCUUUAUUGGUCUAGUCGUGUGGUCUUUAUAGUAGUCAUUUUCAACACUCUUUGGCAAGUUUUUUUUAUGGUUUCGACAUCUGGGAAUAGCCAGUGAAGACCACUUAUCUCUGGACAGCCAAUUUACCACAUUCGUUAAAUAUCGACUUAGUGAAAUAUACAUUCCAACGCUCUCAACUUAUUUUCCAGUUUUGAUGGUCUUCAAGCCUCUAGGACACACGAAAGCCUUAUCAUGGGCAGCCAGAAUUAGAAGGCCUUAAGGAGUUAACUAUAGCUUGUCUUCCUGGGGCAGGUCAUACACGUACACUGCCAGCUAAGUACUCGUCAGGUCUUAAUCUAACCCGUGAAAUUACAUGUAGCCCCAGCAGGAUUCAAACCCGUGACCCUCAGCUACUCUUAAGAGAUGUGGGUUGUGUUUCAUAGUGUCAAACCCAGGUGAGUCUUGCAGCGCAUGGAAAGGCGGAGGCUUCAACCUCUGUCAGCUAAUUACUGGCCCAUCUCUGACCAAUCAGGUUGUUUCUGAUUGCCUCCCUGGAGAGAGGGGAAGAGAAGUGCCAUCAUACAGCAGAUAACAGAGCACUUAUAUAUAACGGGGAAGCAUUAACCCGUAGUGGAUAAUACAAAUCCAGUUUUCGGCUUUUCUCAUUGUCUACCAACAGCUGGAAAGUGGGAGAUAAUUCCAUUUGAUUCGAGGAAGCUUACUUAAGUUUCUUUAAAUCAAGAGACCUUCACCAGCAUGAAUGUGCUCAACCUAAAGGGUUGCCAGAGAAUAAAAAAAAUAAUAAAUAAAUAAACGUGUCAAGUUUAACUGACAAGAGAGAAGUAACCUUGAUAAUUGAUUAGCCGGGUCACCAUAUGGAGAAGACCCGGGCCGGAAGUACCGGCAAACCUCUAAUGAAUGAAUGAUAAUUGAUUACCAUUGCAUGUUAUGAUAACGUUAUUUAAGAGUAAAACUCUCAGUGAUGUGACUUGGUCACUCUCAGUGAUGUGACCUGGUCACUCUCAGUGAUGUGACUUGCCCAUUUUCAAUGAUGUGACUUGCCCAUUUUCAGUGAUGUGUCUUGCUUACUCUCAGUGAUGUGAUUUAGUGACUGUCAGUGAUGUGACUUCGUCACUGUCAGUGAUGUGACUUGGUCACGGUCAGUGAUGUGAUUUGGUCACUGUCAACGAUGUGAUUUGGUCACUGUUAACGAUGUGACUUGCUCACUCUCAAUGAUGUGACUUGCUCACUCUCAGUGAUGUGACUUGCUCACUCUCAGUGAUGUGACUUGCUCACUCUCAGUGAUGUGACUUGCUCACUCUCAGUGAUGUGACUUGCUCACUCUCAGUGAUGUGACGUGCUCACUCUCAGUGAUGUGACUUGCUCACUUUCAGUGAUGUGA